AUGUUCAAAAUGUUGAUCAAAUCAUUUAUCGUGAUUCAUCUCUUAAUUUUCAUUUCAAUUGUUGAAGCCAAUGUUGCGCCAAAAUUACAACCAAUUAUUCCAAAAUUUUAUCAAAGUCUCAAUAGUAACCUUAAAAUCUUUUGUACAAUUCAACAUGGAUCAAAACCAUUCCGUUUUGAAUGGCAUCGAAAUGAUCGACAAUUAUUGGCAAAUUUGAAAAAUGUCAACUAUCGUAUCGAAACAUUGGGUGAUGAUGAUUCUAUGCUGAUAAUGGAACGAUUAGGUUCGAACGAUUCCGGAAACUAUAGCUGUAUAGCACGAAAUUCUUAUGGUAUGGAUAGACAACGAACACAAAUAAUCGUUACAGGUUUGUCUCAGAAUUUUAGUUGA